AUGUUUUUGAGCAGUCUCUUCUUGUAUAUGGCUUACAGUCCGCUGAUGGCUGGUGAUCGGUACAUGCAUCAGCUCGACCUGCUGGUUACCCGCCCAGCCGUACUGCCUGGAGUGGAGAUUAUUCCCGAGGCUUCCUGUUUCUCAGAUUCAUUUGUUGAGACUAGUGACUCCGCCAGCCCAACACCAUCAGUCUUGGUACCACCAUACCUGGCACAACCACCCCUAGUCCCCCCACUGGCUUUGGCACCAGAAGCACCAGUACCGCAAGCCCUGGCACCGCCAGUCCUGCCUCAGCCAGUUCCACUACGGCCAAUUCUGCCACCACUAGUCCCCCCACAACUAGCUUCGGCAGAACAAGCACCAGUACCGAAAGCCCUGCCACCGCCAGUUCUGCCACAACCAGUUCUGCCACAACCAGUCCUGGCUUCACAAGCCCCAGCACCACCGCUUCUGGAACCGCCAGUCUUGGCGGAUCCAGAAAUCGAAGUACAAGAGCAAGUGCCAGCCGCACCGCCAGCCCAGGAAGAGCCUGUAGUGCUUCCCGGCAAUGCUGCUGAAGUUCAGCCAUUUCUGGAGCCCGGUGACAUGGAAGCACUGAUGGAUGCAGGCACGGACUCCAUAUUCGUUCGGGACAUCAGCAGAGCGCUAUGGCCGGAUAACCUGAGGAACAGAAGCCUCACAGGGAACCCCUGCCGUCGUCUUCUGAAAAGUGGCGCAUUGGGAAGGCGAGCCCUGACUCCUCAAAAACUGAAAUAUAUUCGCCGUGCCCUCGCAGCAUACAUCGAGAGGAACCCGUCACCAGUUGUGUCGGCCGCCCUGAGACUUGGUCAGCUCAACACGCACAUCCGGAGGCUGCUGGGAGACGAGAACAGAAGGCGCCACUGAGCAGCAGCAGCAGCAGAUUUUAUACUCCGUGACAACAGUUGCGUGCAGUACAGGCAAAGGCAACGCCAAGCGAGGGGAGAAAGGGCAAGUAAUAAGAAGGCUGGCUAGGAGGAGAGAAUACUCUUUUCUUGAACGUUCCUAGUGCUGUCCCUUUGUCCCCUCAUCCUCCUUCGCCCUCCUCUCCCGUCCCGCCUUCCUAGUGUUCGCCCUUUCUCUCUUUGCCUG